CUCUUAUAAAAGGCGAUGUUAGAUUUAGAGGAUGUUAUAAAGUGCGGUUGCUUCUAUGUUUGGUAGAAUUUAAUUAGGUAUCUAAUGUAACCAAUAUAAAUGAUUUAAAGUAACGAAUAUCGAAAGAUUUGGAUCUACUGUAACGUAAUGAUUUGGAGAAGCUAAUAUUAACGUUUUUGGAUCAACAUGUUACACCGAGCUGAUCAGUUGAAGAUAGCAAACUGGAUUUUGAAGAUAGCUUUUUCCAGAACUUUUAUUUGAUUCCAUGUGGAGCUGAGGGGUCUGGACGACCAACUUCGUCUAUAUUGCCGAGAAACAUCAACACAAGAGUGAUAAGAGACAAGUCAGGUUUAAAAUUUUAAAAACAAUGAAUAAGACGAACGUUUCCUCGUUUCACUGAAGCAUUGAUGAAUCUCAUAUAAGCAGGCCACAGUAGGAAUAUGCGUGGAUUUGGUUGUUAUAUAGUGUUGAUCCUGCUAGGCAUAAAUGCAAUAGUGGGUCAACACACAAUUAUUUUCGACUAUCCAAAAGUGGACAACGAUUCGAUACUAAUCGCGAGAAUAAAAGAGAACGCACCAGCUGGGUCACGUGUUAUCGCAUUUCACGCGAGAUAUGAAGUGUACAUGGACGGAUUACCGCAAAUAUCAUACGUUAUAAUUGGAGAAGAUAGCUUGAGUUUCACGACGAAUGGAUCACGUGUAGUGACUCUUGAGAACCCACUGAGAAAACAACUUGGCGAAUCCUAUUCAAUCGUCCUUAUCGCGCUAUACGAGACGGAAUCCUCCACCAGUCAUGCGCGUUUAGACAUUAAAGUAAUAGUCUCGAAAGAAAAUCUCCAAACACCGUAUUUUCCAUCGGAGAGCUUUGAUGCUGACGUGUCGCGACAUGCAAAUGUUGGUACAAAUGUUACGACGAUUCACGCAGAUGAUGACGACGAAGAAGAGUACAAUGCCAGAGUUAAAUACCAUUUAACUUCAGCGGAUGAGGGGAUCGAUCUGUUUAAUAUAGAUGAAACGACUGGUGUUGUUACAACAAGACAAGAAUUGUUGACCGCAAGGAACUCUUACACCCUUACCGUGACGGCUAGUGAUUUUGGUUCACCCAUACGAUCUAAAACUGCAGAUUUGACCAUACACGUUAAGAACAUUUCAGAGGUGCAGCAGAUAACAACAGAUGCGCUGAAUCGAACAACAAUGAGGGUGUGCUGGAGAGAGCCUCUUUUUGGAAACGCAUAUGGCUACGAGAUUAUAUACUUUCUCAAAUCGAGGCCGAACGCCAAGAAGAAAAUUCUUCUGUACGUGACACCAGACGGUAACCAAAGACCGCCAAGAAAACCGUCACUAAUUGUUAAAAACGAUCUAGUAUUUAUGUGCUUCAACCUGGAUGAUCUGAUAUCUUGGGAGACAUACUCCUUGGAGCUAAAAGCCUUCAAUUCCCAAGAAAGAGGAGUUGCAUCAAAAUUAGAUUUCCAAAUGGAAGUUGAUGUUUGCAUCCAGAAGCCAUGUGUUAAUGGACGCUGUGAGAUGCUUCAUGAGUCCCCCGGAUAUAGGUGCAUCUGCACUGGAGGAUACACCGGGGUCUCUUGUAAUGUCUUCAAUCCAUGCUCUCUAAACCCCUGUAAUGGUCAAGGCACUUGCAAGGUUCUUUCAAACUUUCAUUUUGAGUGCAAUUGUUACGAUGGCUACUACGGAAGUGAUUGUGCGUUCGAGAAUCACUGUGUCUUGCAACGCCCCUGUAGGAAUGGCGGCACGUGUACAAAUGACUCCACGUUGUCAUAUAGAUGCCUCUGCCCACAGGGUUACUAUGGAGAAAACUGCCAGUUUCCAGAUCCUUGCGUUAGUGGAUAUUGUCUAAAUGGAGCUACUUGUGUCAACAUAACUCUGACGUCAGUCGUAUGCGAAUGCCCGGAUGGAUAUUCAAGUGAGCGUUGUGACAUUUUCGAUUGGUGUUCUCUGCGUCCAUGUGAGCAUGGAGGGGUUUGUGAAAAUAUCAAUAAAAACACGACAGCUAUCAAACCAGACGAGCUGGCAGAAAACAACUACAGGUGCAGGUGUCCAUCUGGCUUUUCUGGGCCCCAUUGCCAAUACUAUGUCCCCUGCGAUACAAAUAUUUGUGAGAAUGGCGGUCAAUGUAUUGUGGCUCAUAAAACCAAACAAUGUUUAUGUCCAGACGGAUUCUAUGGGAUCAGAUGCCAGUAUGAGCAGUAUUUCCCCUGUGCAAACCACUGGUGCUACCAUGGUGGCAUAGCUAACUCUAUUGAUGGUCAAUGUAUAUGCGACUGCGAGCUUGGACGGUAUGGACCACAUUGUGAACACAUGAAUUUGUGCAAAGCUUUGUCCCCGUGUCAUUCCGAGCGAACAGUAGGAUGUCUCAAUACAUCUAAUAGCGACUAUUACUGCAGAUGUAUGCCAGAGUGGGCAGGUGAAAAUUGCACGGAGAUCAAUUCAUGCCAUCCAGACCCUUGUAAGAACGAUGCGAAAUGUGUGAUUGAUUAUUCUAACAUCGCAAAAUACAGUUGUGUAUGUCCUCAAUUUUACCAUGGUCCAAACUGUGAAUAUUUCGAAGACAGCCCUUGUAUCGGUCACAGUUGUCUGAACGGAGCAACUUGCAAGGACAUAGAUGGCACCACUUACGAGUGUCUAUGCCCUGAGGAUUACUACGGUGAAAUGUGCGCCCGAUACGAUAAAUGUAACACCAAGCCUUGUUUGAAUGGUGGCCUAUGCGUUACGAAGGAAGAGGGGGAAUACGAAUGCGAGUGCAUUCACGGUGCAUCCGGGAAAAACUGUGAACAUUACAACCCAUGCUUUUCUCAGCCCUGCGUACACGACGGGAUGUGCAGGAAUGUAUCCGCUACAGAGUACAUGUGUGACUGCCCUCCAACUUACUGUGGGAAACACUGUGAGAAUAUCACCACGUGUAGUACCAACCAUUGCAUCCACGGCAAGUGUAUCGUAGAAGGUGACAUAUGCGAUGGAGUUUUCUCAUGUGAAUGUACAGCUGGAUAUACUGGUCGACUUUGCGGGGAAGAGAUCGAUCCCUGCUAUUCUAAUCCAUGCAACCACAACUCAUCGUGCCAAAGGAGAGGACGUGGGAGCUUCGACUGCACAUGUUCUUCAGGUUUUACAGGCACCUUGUGUCAAACUAAACGGAACUGUACAUCAGAAAAAACUAUAGGUCGCUAUGGCGUAUUCAACUGGCCGUCUACCGCCCAUGGAAGCACAGUGUCGCUACCAUGUGAGGCAAUGUCGCCGGAUUCACCCAUACCUCGGGCAAGCCGCACGUGUUACAUCGAUCACGGUGGAAUGUUGUACUGGGGGACAGAAAUUCCGGACAAAUGUAAAAAAGUCACUGUUACUAAAAAUAUAGCUAACAGUGAGAUACAACGCUUGCAAGAUAAUGACAUUGGUACAAAGGAGGAAAUUGAAGAGCUGUUUGAUGUGGUUUACUACCUACAGAUGUACUCUACAAAUGACCUAGAGGUCGCACACAAAUUACUUCGACUUAUUGACGAUGUUAUGAAUUUAGAGGAAGAAGCAUUCGUUGCAAAUGACAUUGGUACCAAGUCAAGAGAUUUCAUCGAUAUGUUUGUAUCACAUGUAAAGUUGCCACCAGAUUCAGGUGGAACGCUGACAAUAAGUUUCCAUAAUAUUAAAAUGAAGAUACAUGAUGUCAGAUAUGUUGACGUCAUGAAUGGUCUAGAGUAUUCCCCUGGUGGGGGGACUAUUUCUAUCAAGGUCCCUGGAUCUGCGUUUGCUAUGGCGAGGCGACGUGGUUCUGCAGACGCUUUUAGAGUCUCAUUCAUUUACUACAAAACAAGCAAACUAUUUAAGAGUCACCUGCCUGUUCAAGGACCUGCCAGUGAAGUAAUCGCUGCUUCUAUCAAUGAUACAUUCGUCACUGGUCUUGAGGACUGUGUGGAAUACAUACUUCCUUAUAUGACAGCGAAGGGCGGGCAGUCAUGUGUGUUUUGGGAUGACGUGGAUCAUAUGUGGUCAAAGGAAGGGGUUCAUCUGAUGACUGAGUUAGACAAAGGAAUGAAAUGUUGUUCGAGACAUCUGACAAACUUUGCAAUUUUACUGGAGGUUGAUGCACGUCCUGUCGAAAUGGGCCACCAUGAAUAUAUUCUUACUGUGCUAUCGUAUGCUGGGAGUGCUCUGUCCAUUCUUGGGCUUUUCCUAACCUUUUUGACAUAUAUCCUCUUCAGAAGUCUAAAUCGUGAGAAAACUGGACAGAUUCUUAUCCAACUCUGCUUUAGUAUGCUUCUCAUGAACAUCCUUUUUAUUGUGGCAUCGGACAAGAACCACGUUGUAUCUGACCACGUGUGUUUAGGAGUAUCCGUUGCAUUACAUUUCUUUGUGCUAUCUACUCUCUUAUGGAUGUCUGUUGAGGCAUAUAACAUGUACAAGAUGCUGGUUCAGGUGUUUGGCGUUCACGAGGGACUAUUCUUAGUAAAGCGGCUACUUUUUGCGUGGGGCCUCCCUUGUAUACCUGUUGGGGUUGCUGUCGGAACUGAUUAUUUAUUGUAUAACCACGAAGGAAACUUCUGUCGUCUGUCUGGGAGAAAUCCGAUCAUCUACUACGCCACCUAUAUUGCCCCAGCUUGUCUCAUUAUUUUCUGCAACUUAAUUAUAUUCAUUAUUCUCACUAAAGUCCUUAUCAGACCCAAGCUUGAUAGGAAAACUGGACAAAAGAAUAUAAGCUUGACACAGGUCAGAGGUAUAAUGGCUGUUCUCGUACUUCUUGGAGUGUCCUGGAUACUAGGAAUCUUUGCAAUCGGAGAGGCAAAAGUUGCAAUAAGCUAUGCGUUCGUUAUUACAAACUCUUUACAAGGGUUCUGCAUAUUCGUUUUUCAAUGUUCUCUUAACCCCGAGGCCCGAGCUGCCUGGUCUCAAUUAAUCAAGACGGGUACUUUUAAGAAAUACCGUGGUAAAACCCCAGUGACAUCAACCGCUGCAUCUCAGAGUGGUACAACCAACAAUACGAAAGUGAGGGACACUGAUUACUGUAUUGUCAGCGAGAAGUGCGAAUCUCCAUUCAAAGGCAAUGACAUUUUGGCCAAAGCAAUGGCAACUGAAAUUUCACCGGAAACACCCGAACAAUUACGAAACCAAGCCUUUGACCCGGAUGAAAGUUGCGAAACUCCCAAAAUUGAUAACAGAUUGGGAAAUGGUAGAGCUAGUUUGAAAACAUUUUCAAAUGGAGUGACAACGAAUGGCAUGACAUCAACUCCUAUUAAACCUAAAAAAGAACUCACUCAAAAUGGUACUGGACAUCAGAAAGGACCAAACGAAAAUGGACACUCCCCGGUAAAGGGAAAGUAUGACCCAAAAAUGUUUUUAGAUGAUGUAAGAUUUGAAAGUACCCAAUUGUAAAGCUUAUAUAUAUCAGACGAUUUUGUUCGACUGAUCAACAUUUAUGUACAGGAUGUCUCAAAAAAUGUGCCCAAAAGUAUAUCAACAGCACUGAUAAACCAAUCAAUAUUUUCAGACAUUUUUGGCAACACACAGUUUUUAGUUCAAUCAUUAAUU